GACCGGCGAUAGAACUUGAUCUGUGGCAGCGCAGAUAGUGUUCUUAUCAUUCACUAGACGUCGCUGAGUUUGUUAUCGGGUGGCGUUCCCGUGGGUGCGUCUCGGAAAUGUGUUGUACAAUUUAUUGCUGGACACUUUGACAUCAGCGUUCUUCCAAGGUUCGUAUAGCUCUCGGCAAGAUAAUGCAACGGGAGUUCCUGUACAAGGUGCUUGUCAUUGGGGAACUAGGCACCGGAAAGACAAGUAUUAUCAAACGCUACGUGCACCAGUUCUUCUCUCACCACUACAGGGCAACAAUAGGUGUGGACUUUGCCCUAAAAGUGAUCCACUGGGAUGAAAACACCAUUAUCAGGUUGCAACUAUGGGAUAUUGCGGGGCAAGAGCGAUUUGGCAAUAUGACCCGCGUCUACUACAAGGAAGCUGUCGGUGCCUUCAUCGUGUUUGAUGUCACCAGGCCUUCUACGCUGGAGGCUGUCCAGAAGUGGAAGACAGACCUGGACAAUAAAGUUCAUUUACCUAACGGGGGCAACAUUCCCUGUGUCCUGUUGGCCAACAAGGUAAAUGGCAGUAGCGAUAUGCCCAAGGAGGGAAUAGUUAACAACCCAGCCGCUAUGGAUGCCUUCUGUCGAGAACACAAUUUCACUGGAUGGUUCCUGACGUCUGCCAAGGAGAACCUGAACAUCGACGAAGCGACACGAUUCCUCACCAAACAGAUACUGUGCGUCGAAAAGGACUCCAACAUUGAAAGAUCUGACGAAGAUGCAGUGAGGCUGGACGAGAGACCUCCCAUCGCGCGUCGGCCAUGCUGUUACUGAACCUUCUCCCUUUGUUGUCAGCUUCACGGACGUACAUGAAAUCACCAGAAUAUUUUACGCACUUUCAAUAAGGAUGGGUUAAUACAGUUUAUGCAGACGCAGUCCUCA